AAGAGAAACAGCCAAAAGUGGUGUAAAGGUAGCGAUUCUAGAGCCAGGUGUGUUCAGAACAGAAAUUUUCAAUGUGGACAAAAUGGUGGAUCGCAUCAAGAUCUCACGUGACAAAUGUAGCAAAGAAGUCAUAGACUACUAUGGUCCUGGCCUCUUGGACAGAU